GAUGAAACGUGUUGUCGUUCUUGGUUGUGGUGCUUGGGGUACUGCUACUGUUAAGCUUGUUGCUGACAACAUUAAAUCUUCAAAAGAAUUUCAUGAUGAAGUUUAUUGGUACGUAAGAGAUGAAGAUUACAAUGGUCGUAGCCUAACCACUUGGAUUAAUCAAGAACAUAUAAAUCCCAAGUACUUGCCAACGCUUGAUAUUCCUUCGAAUGUUUCCGCUUACUCUAAUAUUCAGAAAGUGGUCGAGGAAGCUGAUAUUAUAUUAGUGUCUUAUCCAUCAUGCUACAUUCUAUGGUUGGUAGAAAAUGUGAAGAAGUUUAUCAAAGACGGUGCAUAUUUUGUCUCCUUUUGUAAGGGUCUCAUUCUGUGUCCCGAAGAAAACAGAAUUAAACUGGUAAGCGAUGUUAUUCGAGAACAAACUGGUAAAAGCUGCGUAGUCGUUAUCGGAGCUACAACAGCUGUUGAAGUGGCCAAGCAACAUUUCACUGAGGCAACUAUCGGCUCCAAGAAUCUUACAUAUGCGCAUGAAGUAAAAAGACUUCUACAGUCUGAUUACCUCAAGCUUGUUAUAACUCAAGAUGAUGUUGGCGUGGAAUUGUGUGGAGCAUUGAAGAAUGUCGUGGCAAUAGCUGCUGGAAUAUGUCACGGUUUAGAUUUAGGAGACAAUACUAAGGCUGCAGUAUUGCGUAUUGGGUUUUGGGAAGUAUCUGAGCUGAUGAAAGAGUUGUUCCCCGACAGAGGUAUGUUCGCAUUUACUUUUCCUGUUUUUCACACCUGA